AUGAGGGAAUACGAGCCCCGGGUCGUCCCGUGGCGCUUCAAGAGUGAUCUAGAUGAACUCAGCGUGUGGUUUUAUCCCAACAAAAGUGGAGCGCCAGAUAUGCGCCGUGAGGGAGUUGCCAGAGUGAAGUGUUGGUCGAGUAGAGGACCAUAUGUGCCACACACAGUGGAAUCCACGGCCCACUUGACAGACGCAAAACUAACGGACGAGCAAGGGAUAACUAGUGAUAUACCUCUGCAGUUGAGCUACACAAUGGCUAUGAUCAGGUUUGUCAAUGGGCUGUUAGACCCCACACAGCAAUCGCAAUUUGCUAUCCCAUUGCAUGUCUUGGCCGAGAGAAUGGGACUGCCGUCAUGGUUUGUGGAGCUUAGACACUGUGGGACGCACGAGAGGGAAAUGCCAAGUCUCGAGAUGCUUCGGAUGGCAACCGAUCAAGCACUAGACUGGCUCUGGGAUAACUACUGGAACGCAGAGCCAGAGCAGGAGUUCUAUGGCGAAAGUGCGGGACUAGACUCUGAACGUGCAACUCCGGAUUCAGUGGUGGAUUCCCAGGAUAUAGACCGGGUUUUGAGAAAAAUACCCUCAAUCUCUAACCUUUUGGCAAGCAACAGAGACCUUUGGAAACUGCAACGAGUUUCAUCGACCUUCACUGGGGAGCAGGAUGCGCGAGGACCACCAAUCAAGAAAAGUAAAAAAGAAGAGAAUCCGGAGGAGCGCUUAGAAAGGUUUGUUGUGACUAUGAAAGAUGCCUGGAAGAGCUCCAGGGGCCAACGUGACGUCUUUUUGGAGAAGUUCAUGCGAAAGUAUCGCUCGCAUUGGCGUGGGGUCCUGGAGCUUCUGGCUCAUCGUAUUCACUCUUUCGGAUUCGACUUGAGUCGAUGGAUUUUGGAGAAUUACGAGCUAACAUUGAAAUCAGGACAAAGCCCACUACGAGAAAUCUUCGAUGGCCCGCAGCUACAGAAAGUAGUUUCUCAAGUUUGCGAGCAUGCAUUAGACGAGAAGAAAAUGAUUAUGGACUGGACUAGAUGGUGUGAGAUGCUGCGAAACCAUCCAAACUGGAUAGCUUUACAGAUCGUUGAAAGUUGUGACGCUAGAAAUUCAAGCGCUAACGAAAAGUUCCGAAAACGGCAUCACGAUGAGAUACGCGAGCUCAAGGGUCUUUUGCAGCGCUUUAAAACCUGCGUUACAAGCUCCGAUCUUACGAUGUACCAGAUAGCAAGCGUGACGAAGAACAGCAUCGAAGUCAGUCGUGGUAGUCCUUUCCAGACAUCUGCUAACGAGAUCUUGCAAGAUUUACAGAAAUUGAAGCAGGCCGCCGAGCCCAAAUCAUUUAAAUGGGAGCCAGUACCCCAAUGGACUCCGCGUCCCUUCGGACAAGUAUAG